CGCUGCGCACUUAUCGCAACCAGGCAGGCGGCGCUGAGCCUUCGCGCUCUCCGGCUCACUCCUACCGGGAGGGAAAGAGGGCACAAGGGAGGGACCGCUGCUUUGCGUCCUGCGCGCCUGUAGCCCCAGGCCUGAGGAGAAAAGCCCAAGUCGGCGCUGGCUCUGCUCGCCGCUCUCUUUUCGUCACCACCCGGACGACCCGACUCAUCGCCCGCCACCCCUGGCUGUAGCCCCGGGUCCUGGCGCCUUCCCUGACUGAGAGCCGCGCCGAAAGGCAGAAACUCUCCAAAUGUCUUCCAGUAAUGUCCAAGUUUUUAUCCCAAUGUCUCAAAGAGACACCAAUGGUCUACCUGGGAUGUCUUCCAACGACCUAAAGACAUUUACUGAAGGCGCUGUGUUAAGUUUCCAUAACAUCUGCUAUCAAGUAAAAGUGAAGAGUGGUGUUUUACUCAGUCGGAAAACAACUGAAAAGGAAAUACUAAAGGAUAUCAAUGGGGUCAUGAAACCUGGUCUCAAUGCUAUUCUGGGACCUACAGGUGGAGGCAAAUCUUCGUUGUUAGAUGUUUUAGCUGCAAGGAAAGAUCCAUGUGGAUUAUCUGGGGAUGUUUUGAUGAAUGGAGAACCUCGACCUGCCAAUUUCAAAUGCAAUUCAGGUUAUGUGGUACAAGAUGAUAUCGUAAUGGGAACUCUGACAGUGAGAGAGAAUUUACAGUUCUCAGCAGCCCUUCGGCUUCCAACAACCAUGACGAACCAUGAGAAAAAUGAACGGAUUAACAAGGUCAUUCAAGAGUUGGGUCUGGAUAAAGUGGCAGAUUCCAAGGUUGGAACACAGUUCAUCCGCGGUGUGUCUGGAGGAGAAAGGAAAAGGACAAGUAUCGGAAUGGAGCUUAUUACUGAUCCCUCUAUCUUGUUCUUGGAUGAGCCCACAACUGGUUUAGAUUCAAGUACAGCAGAUACAGUCCUUUUGCUCCUGAAGAGGAUGUCUAAACAGGGACGAACAAUCAUCUUUUCCAUUCAUCAGCCUCGUUAUUCCAUCUUCAAGUUGUUUGAUAGCCUCACCUUACUGGCCUCAGGAAGACUAAUGUUCCAUGGGCCUGCUUCAGAGGCCUUGGGGUACUUUGCAUCAGCGGGUUACCAUUGUGAGCCGUAUAAUAACCCUGCAGACUUCUUCCUGGAUGUCAUUAAUGGAGACUCUUCUGCUGUGGUAUUCAACAGAACAGAAGAAGACAGUGAAGCCAAGGGAGCUGACGAAGGUGCCAGAAGAGAUGAGCCCCUAAUAGAUAAAUUAGCUGAGUUUUAUGUCAAUUCCACGUUCUUCAGAGAAACGAAAGCUGAAUUAGAGGAACUCUCAGGGGGUCAGGAAAAGAAGAGGCGCUCAGCCUUCAAGGAGAUUUCCUACACCACCUCCUUUUGUCACCAACUCAGAUGGGUUUCCAGACGUUCAUUCAAAAACUUACUGGGUAAUCCCCAGGCUGCUAUAGCUCAGAUAAUUGUCACAGUCAUUCUGGGACUGGUUAUAGGUGCCAUUUUCUUUGGGCUAAAAAAUGAUCCUACUGGAAUUCAGAAUAGAGCUGGUGUGCUCUUCUUUUUGACGGUAGACCAAUGUUUCAGCAGCGUGUGGGCCGUGGAGUUCUUUGUGGUCGAGAAAAAGCUCUUUAUACAUGAAUACAUCAGUGGGUACUACAGAGUAUCGUCUUAUUUCUUUGGAAAACUGAUAUCUGAUUUACUACCCAUGAGGACGUUACCAAGUAUUAUAUUCACCUGUAUUAUAUACUUCUUGAUAGGGCUGAAGCCAACAGUGGAGGCCUUCUUCAUCAUGAUGUUUACCCUUAUGAUGGUGGCUUAUUCAGCCAGUUCCAUGGGGCUGGCCAUAGCAGCAGGUCAGAGUGUGGUUUCCAUAGUGACACUUCUCCUGAACAUCUGCUUCAUACUCAUGAUGAUGUUUUCAGGGCUGUUGGUAAAUCUCAGAACUGUGGUGCCGUGGCUCUUGUGGCUUCAGUACUUCAGCAUUCCUCAUUAUGGCUAUUCGGCGUUGCAGCAUAAUGAAUUUUUGGGACAAAACUUCUGCCCAGGUUACAAUGCAACAUCAAACAGUACCUGUGAUUUUGCAAUAUGUACUGGCGAAGAAUUUCUGAUAAACCAGGGCAUUGAUCUGUCCCCUUGGGGCCUGUGGAGGAAUCAGGUAGCCUUGGCAUGCAUGAUUGUUAUUUUCCUUACAAUUGCCUACCUAAAAUUGUUAUUUCUUAAAAAGUUUUCAUAAAUCUCCCCUUCAAUUUACUAUCAUUUUUCUGCCAAUAAAAAGGAGUACCUUGAUUUA